AUGGAGUUAAUUGACGAUUACGAACAUAUUAAUGCAGAUAUAGAAUAUGUGCUUGAAAAUGUUUUAAGCGAACAAACAAAUUGUGGCAUUGGUGAUGAAAGCAUUAAACUAAAGGAAUUGUACAAUUCCGUUUUAAUAAAUGCAUGCACGUGUGAAAGUAGUUGUAGCCACUUAUCAACUUGUCCACAUGGUGAAGCUUACGUAUGGAAUGACAAAUACAGAGAGCUUGUCAUUAGGCCGGAGCGAGAGAGUGAUUUAAUAUACGAAUGCUCAUCAAAUUGUACAUGCAAGUUGGAAGAUUGCAGCAACAGGCUUGUGCAGCGUGGUCCAAGGAAAAAUUUACAAAUUUUCCUUUCAAGUCAAUAUCAAUCAUAUGGCGUCAUUACAAAGCAGGAUAUACCACAAGGCGCCUUCAUAUGCGAAUAUGCUGGGGAAUUGCUAACAUGUGGCGAAGCCAAGCUGCGUAUACAAGAAAAUGAGAAGAAGGGUAACAUGAACUACAUUUUAUGCCUAAAAGAAAAUCACCAUGUAGAUCUUGCUGGAGGAGAGCUAAAGCCUGGCUCGGAGUUGAUGACAAUUGUAGAUCCCAGCAAAAGAGGAAAUAUUGGACGCUACCUUAAUCACAGCUGUGAUCCCAAUUGCCAGAUCUAUAGUGUGCGUGUAGAUUGUCCCAUACCAAAGGUGGCUAUAUUUGCAAAGCGUCAUAUAAAGACGGGAGAAGAAUUGUGCUUUCAUUACAACGAUGGAAAGAAAUAUUCUUCAACAUCGGCCAGUGGAAAACCUACUCUUUGUCUUUGUAAUUCGAAAAAGUGUCAAAAAUACUUACCGAACUUGGAAAUAUAA